AUGUUCUAUCACAACAGCAGCAAUUUUCACCCUGCCACAUUUUUCCUUAUUGGAAUUCCAGGACUGGAAAAGUUCCAUGCCUGGAUUUCACUGCCUUUCUGCUCUGUUUACCUGGUGGCUUUGUUCGGCAAUGCCACAAUUCUGCUGGUUAUCAAGGCUGAGAGCAGCCUACACCAGCCCAUGUUCUACUUCCUGGCCAUGUUGGCCACCACUGACUUGGGCAUCUCCACAACUACCAUCCCUAAGAUGCUCGGCAUCUUCUGGUUUAGCCUCAGGGAGAUCAUCUUUGAAGCUUGCCUCACCCAGAUGUUUUUCAUUCACAAUUUCACUGGGAUGGAGUCAGCAGUCCUCUUAGCAAUGGCUUAUGACCGCUAUGUGGCCAUCUGCAACCCACUGCGAUACAGCACCAUCCUCACCAACAAGCUCAUUUCUGUGAUUGGUCUAGCUAUAUUAGUGAGGCAAUUUAUUUUUGUUCUUCCAUCUGUAUUUUUCAUACUGCGAUUGCCUUUCUGUGGGAAUCAUAUCAUCCCCCAUACCUAUUGUGAACACAUGGGACUUGCUCGCCUGUCCUGUGCCAGUAUCAGCAUCAAUAUUAUUUAUGGCUUAGGUGCCAUAUCUAUCCUAUUUUUGGACAUUAUAGCCAUAGCUCGCUCUUAUGUUCAGAUACUCUGUGCUGUUUUCCGUCUUCCUUCCCGUGACGCUCGACUCAAGUCCCUCAGCACAUGUGGUUCACACAUUUGUGUAAUUCUUGCUUUCUAUACACCAGCCCUCUUUUCCUUUAUGACGCAUCGCUUUGGCCAUAAUGUCCCCCGCUAUAUCCACAUUCUUCUAGCCAAUCUUUAUGUCAUAGUUCCACCAAUGCUCAACCCUAUCAUAUAUGGAGUCAGAACCAAACAGAUCUAUGACCGUGUGAAGAAAAUAUUAUCACUGAAAUAA